AUGUUCGCCCAGCCAUUUCAUGAUCCCGCUCGGAAGAGGCUCCGCGAGGAGGACCCCGACCCCGCUGUUGGAUCUUGCGGCUUCAGUGAACACCGUAACAAACGGCUGCAAUUGCCCGUCCGAACCUCGCCUACAUCCCAGAAGCGGAGCACGCCCAUCUUUCCCCUCUCAUCUACACCCCAUUCCCAGAUAUAUACCGAAUGUGACUCGGAGGCGCCGGCCUCGCACUUUUCGCCCUGGUCGUCAUCCCCAACCCUGGGCAUGAACUCACCAGGCGUGGACCGAGACAUGGACAUGGCCAUGGACACAGCCAUGUCGCCUCUGAACAACCUCCAGCAUCUACAGCCGAACCUCCAGCAUCUACAGCCGAAUCCUCUCCAGACUGAUCCCUCCGGCCGCUUGCCAACACCCAUGCAGUCGAGCUUUGCCCCACAGCUGCGCGGCGCCACCGGAUGGAGUGGACCGGGCCCUGUGAUUAUGCAACAGAACGGCCUGUCCAACAUGGGCCACGUUCACAGCACUGCUUUUGAGGACCGCACAGUGCCGAGGACCAUGCAGACGGGCGAUGGCUGGCACUCGGACGUCCAGCGCCGCAUACCGUCGCCCAUCUCGGAGGUUGACUCCCGCACUGCAAGCCCGGGCAUGUGUCUUGAGAGCGGUGCCAGCAGUGGCUUCCCUUCGCAGUUGACGGCGAGGCUCGAGCAAUCCACAUUGUCUCCUCGAGGAGAGGACAUGGGCAUGAUGGACGUCUCACCCUCUUUCUCAACACAUGCGGAGGCGGCUGCCGAACACGAGCACAUGCAUGAGCAUGAGCACGAGCACGAGCAUGAUCAUGACGAGGGCGAGGAUGGCAUGACACCCCUGACGGAGACGAUCUCGGCACCAGCCACGCCUUCGCCAGGACGCAGCCGGGGGCAUAUGCGGUCGCACCACACAAUCAACACGUGGACGUGGCAACCGGGCAUGAAGAAAAGCUUCAGCAUUGGCUACCGAGCCGACUGCGAGAAGUGCCGUCUCAAGGUGCCUGGUCACUUCAACCACAUAAUCGUAUCCUAG